CACUUGAAUUUGAACAGACUGUAAGAAAUGGCAGGACGAAGUCCCCGAUUCACACAAGGUCAAACCACUUCAAGCCUUACAAAUAUUUUUACCUUCACAAAAUCAUCAGAAUUGACUACCAACACUUCACCAACCAUUUCAAGCAAAACGACGCUAUUUAUCUUACUUCCGGCAUCGGUAGCAGUUAUGGUGUUCUUUGUAAUCAUCUUUGUUUGUUGGCUCUUUUGUCGUCGGAGGAAGGAAGCAUUAACUGAGACAUAUAACCACUACUCACAUGUUGAUCAGACGGAGUUUGUAGAUUUUCACCAAGGCAGUGAACAGAUUUUAACAGCAAAUCAAAUUGAAUACGAGAUGGUGAUAUAUCCUGCGUCUGACGUAGCUAAUUCUGACAACAUAGAUUCGGGCUUUUCUCAAACAGAUGACAGAAAUGGCAAUUUAUUUUCCAUGGACAAGUCUACAAAGGAAAGGGUACUUUUAAAUGGUCCCCAGUUUUCUGAACCAAAAGGGUCUCCUUCGUUGAAAAAUGAUGAUGAUCUGUAUCUUAAAACAUCACCGUUAGAAGUUCAACAUAACUUCGAAGUUUCUCCUCAGCAAAAUGGAAAUGAUGAUAACUAUUUUAUGUUGGAGCCAAUGAAUUUAAAUUUUGAGAAGAAAACUAAUGGACAGGUAGAUGGGCAAACUUAUUUUACCAUAGAGCCAUCACAAAAAUAGCGCAUAUUUUAAUUUUUAGGAUUAAACAUCCAAUUCCAAAUUUUGAGAAAUUUUACAGACAGACAUAAACAUCUGUAAAGAGCAUAUGUCCAACUUUUUCUGUGCUUUUUUGUGAGCGGAUAAACGGAAAAAUACGUAGACAA